UUUCUAGUUGGUUUGUACUUGUGCGCUCAUAAAACUUUUGAAAUAUAUAAAACUAAUUCACAAUGCUGCAAAAUGAUGCAGUUCGUAACUUGCAAUAUGAUAGUGAAAUACGCGUGGCUCAAACAUCUACUGCAAGCGAACCUCGAGUUUACGACUCACAAAUCACUAUAACCGCACAGCCGCGACCAACAACAGAGACGCCGCGCAUACCUUUGCCCAUAUCAACAGUUGCAGGCAGUGGCACAUUUAUUCCCUUGGCUGGUUACCAUUGUCUGGCGGACUUGCCUUCAGUGCAUAUAGAGCAAACCUUUGAACUAAAUGAUGCUCUUACUGCUGUCUCCUCCGAGAAUCGUUACGUUAUACGCUCGCCGCUGGGCGAUGCCAUCUUUGCUGCCUCCGAAAGCUCCACAGAGAAUCAUCGCAUGGUCUGGGGUGCAGCUCGUCCAUUUCAAAUGCAUCUGCUGGACAAAACACAUCAGGAGGCCUUGGUAUUUCGCAAAAAGUUAGCGCUGGGCGCCAUGUGCUGUGCACCGAAAACACUGGAAAUUUGGAUACCACCAGGCAAUGUGCUGGGUAGAGUGGUGCAGUCGCCCACAUUUACGCAACCUGUGUUCUUCAUAGAAGACGGCAAUACAGGACAGCCAACAUUCUGUGUGGAAGGACCCAAGAAUUCGGGCUUUUGUUGCUUUUGUCCGCCCAAGGAAUGUUAUUUUAAGAUACACUCUGGUGGUGAUCUGCGUGCCUCGCUGGAUCAUAAAUGGUUGGCCAGCAAGUCACAGUAUACAACAAAUAUAUAUUUUAGCGAUAUAUCCUUGACUGCAAAGGAUCGUGCUUUGAUACUGGGUGCAGCAUUUUUGCUGGAAUACAUGUUCUUCCAAAAGUAAUAAAAAAAAGCCACA